GAAUUUAAGAGGUAUAUUAAAUUUAAUUUAACAAAUAUUAAUGUGAGGGGUAUAUAUAGUGAGAAUGAUCAAAACUGAGGGGGUAACUAAUUAAUUUUGGACAAAGGCAACAAAUGAGGGAGUAAUUAAGCUAGGCACCACCCAGUGAAUUACAUUUAUUAGAAUGUUAUUAUUAAUACACCAUGAUAGUAUAUUUUGUGAUACGGAAAUGAUAUGGUUUGGUAUAUGAGAAACAAAUGAAGAAUGAAGAUGAAUUCAGAGGCGAGUGGGGAGGAGGAGGGGCGGUUCCCAAACAAUUUGACUAAAGGUGAGACGUGAAGUGAAGGCGGGGUCGUGGUCGAGAUGGAACACAAAAGCUUUGGGCAACCCUAUCCACAGCUCUAUCCCCCCAUCUUCCGCGUCCAGUAAGAGAGCCAAAUCGGUCAAGCUGUGAGCCGGACCCAACCACCUGGGCUUCCCCCACCCGAAGUCCACCUCCAGAAACUCGAACUUGAACCAGCUGCUUAUGCUCAGCACCCGCACCGCAUCUGCGUCCCUCGCGAUCCCUUCCCCCACCUCCCCUAUUGCUUUCAGAUACGCGCCGCCUUUCCUCACGUACCUGUCGUCCAUCUUCCUGAUCGAUUCCCGCACGCUCCCGAUCAGUGACUGCGCCGUCACUUCCGCCCCCUCCGCCGCCCACCACGCCGAGGUCAGCUGGUUGAUAUUUCCCAGGCAGGUGGGCGGGAAGGGCGGGACCAACCUCCCUCGCAAGUCCACCGCGUUCGUCAGAAUGUGCGUCUUCAGCUUCGGGUUCGCCGCCAGCGUUGCCCUGAUCACGGCGGCCCAUAUGAACGCGGACAUCGCCUCCACCCGAGUCGGGCGCCGCCCGCUCAUAACCUGCAGCCCGUCUUUUAUCCGCUCCACCUCCUGCUUUGAGAACACGUACCGCUUCCCCAUGUAUUUUCCGCGCGCCUGUCCCCUCAGGGCUGCGAAGCAGGAUAUCGCCGUGGGGACGUCGUGCUUUAUCGGAGGGAAAAUCGCCGUGGGGUCGACGACGAAACUGUCGCGGGUGGCGGUGAUGACUCCUCCCCGGUUGAAGCCGGCCCAGGUCCGGAUGAGGCCGACCACGCCGGAGGCAUCGGCGAGAGCGUGCCAGAGGCAUAUCGCCAGCGCCGUCCCGCCGCAGGGGAAGCGGUUCACCUGAACAGCCAGGAGGGGCUGGGAAGGGUCGAAAGCCGUCGGGUAGGGAUGGCGCGGGAAGAGCUGGCGGAGGAGGUGGACCUUGGGGUGGCGGAGGAGGUGGGCGAGGUGGGCGUUGGUGACGUUUGCGCGGACGAAAUCGGCGCCCUCGUCGUUGCAGAGGACGGUGAACUCGUCCUUCUGCCUGCCGGCGAGAGGGUAAAGGAGGGAGAGGGCCUUGGAGAGCGAGAGUUUGAGGCGGUCGUAGUCAUGGGCGGGAGAGGUGGCGGCGUAGAAGAAGACGAUGGGCGUAUAAAAAGUGCCGGUAAGUUGAUCAUUAAGGCACAGCUUAUAGGUGCGCAAGGAUUCCGGGGUAGGGGAAAGCGGCUUCACCUUCUCCUCCUCAUAUCUUUCCACUUUCAGCUCCAUCAUAUUAUUAUUGUUAUUAUUAUUCAUACCGAGCCGCCCAUCCAUAAUAACUUCAACUCGUCACUCUCUUUUAU